CCUGCGCACGUACGCACACACCGGCUCACACAAAAAAACCGGACCAAACUGGAAUGCGCUCCUUUCGCGUGACGUUUCAUUCGAGGCCGUCAACAGAUGACUGUUCUCGUGCGCGGCUAGGCUGCCACUGCGAUAUACAUCUUGCCGAAGCGUCGUAGAUACGGUGGCCGCCUAUCAACUGCCAGCUCGCAGAUAAUCAUCACACACCCGCGGAACGUUAUCUGCUAACGUUUUGUGCCUUAUCGCGGGAAAGUAGUGCACUGGCUGCUAACUUAUCUUCCGGGCGGUGUAAAAACAGUGAUUUGGUGCGUGUGACUGUGUGUGUGUGUGAAUGAGUGUUUACAUACAGAAGAUAUAGGGAAAAGACCUGACUGCACCGUGUCCCAGAAGCGGCGACCUCCAUCAAUCAACAAUUCGGCCAAGAUACGGACGUGCAAUUAGAGUUUAGCGCCGUCCACCACCCCAGUUAAUGUGUGUAUCUAGCGAGAAUUCAACGCACAGAUGCAUCAAGACCGGAGGGACACUGGAUAUAUUACCCAGAGUCAUAGGGGGUUCGCGAAAAAAUAAACCCACCAUAAAAUAAAUACCCCCAUUCCCUGUAAGCUACCAGGACAGUGACGAACCGGACGAACCCAGCGAAUAUCACCACCGGGACGAGUGCUACGAUGUGCUGUACGAUCUGAGCGACUUUCGUGAUGUGAUAGAGCCAACCGGGACCUGGAACCGUACUACCUGCUAUCCUGCCGACCAAGACCGUCUGCGGCAGCCAGCGUCUGUUUGCGGGCCCCGGUACGGGGACAGUGACUUCGGUGACGGAGACGAUAGUACGGACGCACCGGACGGCGGUAUGGACGAGCGGGACAGCAUCUAUCUCGAUGCGGUGUCCGUGUACUCCGACGCAACGAACCGCAAAUCGCUGCACCUUUCCCGCCAAACCGUGUACCAUUCGGCGGAGGACGUCCGGUUCGGGUCGGUCGAUUCGGGCAGUGGUUCCGGUACGGAUCGACGUGCUGGCGGUGAGGAUGGUGCAGCCCUGCGGCUAACGACCGAAGCACUGCUGCAAGAUUCGCGCUCGAACGGUGGGCUCACCAACUUGCCGUACGUACCGCGGCCGGCCGGUGCGAACAACGGUGCGAAGGGUUUCAUCAGCGGCAUCCUGAAGCCGACCGUCCUCAGCACCGAGUACAACGAAAAGGUGCCUAGCACUACUAGUUACUCUACCUACCUCCCUUAUCGUAAUGAUUAUCAGCACGGUUCUGAGCAUGACAGUACCAAACAGAUAGUUACCUAUACGCUGUGGAAGUCUAGGACGUGGAAGUACUUCCAGGACCAGCGGCGCAUCGUAGACUAUGUGCUCGCAUUCAACGGUGAAGAUGAAAACGCGGAAGCGAAACAGAAGCGCGCCAUCUACCAACGAAAUCUCGAAAAUGAAGGUCUACAGAUCGAGACGGAAAACUGUCAACGGAUCCAUUUCGUCAAGAUCCACGUCCCGGAGCAGGUACUCUCCCACUACUGCGAGAUCAUGAAGAUGCAGAUGCCGAUGAAAAAGCUGGACAAUCAGGACAAGAUCAUAAUGCGCGACUUUAGCAUCCAGAGCACACUGGUACGGUUGUUCCGCCGGCCACUCUUUAAUUUUGUCAUUAUCGAUCGGCAAAAGUUUGCACCGCCCGAGUAUAGGCUGAUGUACGAGUAUUCGCGCGACAAACCGUACCUGUUCAAUGACAAGGAGCCAAACUUCUUCACGCCCAGCAUACGGAUUGCGGUGGCUCACUUUAUACUGGAGCGUACGUACUUUAGUGAGGCGGUAGACGAGAAGAAGGAUAUCGGCAUCCGGCGGCUAAUGGAGGAUCAGGUGUAUCUGGAUGCGUACCCACUGCACGACGGGUGUACGGAUUUGAAGUCGAGCUGUCAGCGAGCGCUGCUGCUGGAGGAGUGGGCAUCGAUUAGCAAGUGGAUCAAGCAUCAGCCGCUGGAUCACAUUAAGGAGUACUUCGGGGUGAAGAUAGCGAUGUACUUUGCGUGGCUCGGGUUCUACACGCACAUGCUAAUACCUGCGUCGAUUGUGGGGUUGAUAUGUUUCUUCUAUGGGCUGCUUACGUACCCGGCCAAUCGGAUCAGCCAGGAGAUCUGCGGUGAUAACGCGACCAUCAUGUGCCCACAGUGCGACAAGUACUGCGAUUAUUGGUACCUGAAGACGACCUGCACCAUCUCCAAGCUGGCGCACAUCUUCGACAACGAAAUGACGAUCGUGUUUUCUAUAUUUAUGUCCGUUUGGGCUACGCUUUACCUAGAGAUGUGGAAACGAUAUUCGUCACGGAUCCAGCAUCGUUGGGGUAUUACUGAGUACUGCUCGCUGGCAGAGCCACCGCGCCCUCAGUAUCUGUCUCGGUUGAAGAAUAUCAAAAAGAUGAUGUUUAACAUUGCCACCGGCGCGCAGGAACCGUCGCCACCGUUCUGGACGAAAAAGUUCCCUAGCUUCCUUUACAGUUACUCUGUGAUUUUCCUAUUUAUUUUACUUACUAUAGCCGCUGUCUUCGGUAUCGUAGUCUACCGGAUGUCACUUAUGACCUCGAAAAAUAUAUACGGCGAUGGUGGAUCAGUGUCGGGCAAGCUGAUCAUCUUUCCCGCGACGACCGCCGCCAUCAAUCUGCUCGCCUCGACCGCACUCACCUACGCCUAUCAGUACGUAGCGGAGUACAUGACGAACGUCGAGUAUCGGCGCACACAGACCGAGUACAACGAAAGCCUCAACCUGAAGAUCUACCUGUUUGAGUUUGUCAACUACUACAGCUCCAUCUUUUACAUCGCGUUCAUGAAGGGUAAGUUCCCGGGCUAUCCGGCCAAGUACAACCGGAUACUGAACCUGCGGCAGGAAGAGUGUAGCCCGGGCGGUUGCUUGAUGGAGCUGUGCAUACAGCUCGCCAUCAUAAUGGUCGGUAAGCAGGCGAUUGGAGCGAUUACGGAAAUUCUGAUACCGUUUCUGGUGCAGAAGUUUAAAGAGUUCCGGAGCGUGCUCGGUAUUGAGGCGGCAAGCAACGAGAAUGGUGAGCGGUUGAUCUGCUGCAAUCAGUGGACCAAAGAUUUCAAUCUCAUUAACUGGCACGAUCGGAGUUUGUUCAACGAGUACUUGAAGAUGGUUAUACAGUACGGUUUCAUCACGAUCUUCGUAGUGGCGUUCCCGCUGGCACCGUUCUUUGCGUUGCUGAACAACGUGUUCGAAACGCGGCUGGAUGCGAAAAAGUUCCUACUCUACUACAAACGUGCCGUACCGCAGCGGGUUCGUGAUCUGGGCAUCUGGUAUAACAUUAUGCACGUGGUUGGCAAGGUUGCCGUCAUAUCGAGUGCCUUUAUCAUAGCAUUUUCCUCCAACUUUAUCCCACGGCUAAUGUAUAUGAACGUAGUUAAUCCGACCGGUACGGAUGAGGGUUUCGUUAACCAUACGCUUGCCUACUUUAACGUGUCGCAUUUCGAAGCAAACGCAGCACCAGAAAAUAGCACCUUCUCGAAUAUUACCAUCUGCCGGUAUUCGGAGUAUCGUAAUCCACCGGACGAUCACCGUCCGUACAAGCGUCCAUCGAUCUACUGGCAGAUCCUAGCCAUCCGGCUUACGUUUGUCGUUAUCUAUCAGAAUCUGGUGAGCUUUGUGCAGAUAGUGGUGGCGUGGGCAAUACCCGACGUACCAACCCGGCUGCAAGAUCAGAUCAAGCGGGAACAGUACCUCACGAACGAGUACAUCAUCGAGCAGGAAAAGUUGAAGAUGCGAAACGGUGCCGGUGGAUGUGGAACGCCCGGUCCGGGUGCGUAUACCCAAAACGGGUACCUAGCGUCCGAGGACAGUAGCCCGGACGAUGAGAAGCUAAACUAUGGUUCGAUCGCAGACGACAAUGAGUAUCCGCUGCGAAUGCAGACCGAUGACUGUGAACCGUACGAAGCGUACGGUAUAGUGACGUCGCGGGUAUAGGCCACAAUCCGCAUCCCAUCAAAAACGAUCAAAUUACGCACACGGAACAAGGUAAUGGGCAGCCGCCUGUUACCUAACGCACGGUUCUUUUCGCUCUAUACUGCUGCUUAACCUCCGAUUCAGACCUCCUAACGAAAGCGCCUAACUCACCACGGGCACGUGCUUACGUACGUGCAAUGCCUCUUUACAUCCUGUUUACAUCAUGUCUUCAUACAAGUGUAAAAAUUUUAAGGAACAAAUUCUUCUUCUUCCUUGGUACUACAACCUCGAGAGGUCUCGGCCUGCCAUUUCUGGCUUUCUGUGACUGAAUUUUACCCAUAGCAAAGUAGUCAGCCCUACGUACGGGGAGGCGGUUUGGGUGAGAUUUGAAACCUGGUCCUGCCGUAUGAAGACCGGCGCCAUUAUCGCCUCGGCCAUCGGACCGCCUCAAAUUAAAUAUCAAAUUAAAUAUGUGUAAAUAA